AUUGACAGUUAACGGAACGGAACCCGCGCGCGCCCACUCGGCUCAGGCUGCCGCCCGCUGCUCGUUCCUCCUCAAAAGGCGCGGCAGCGAGACGUCAACAACGCGGGCUGGAGGAAGAUGAGGCGCCCCGGUCCUUUACCAAUCGAAAAACAUCCUUGAGCGAGUCGAGGCGGGCACAUGCAGAAAGCGGCAGCAGCAACCAAAGCGUAGAACCACCAUCAUGAAGGCAAUGAAACAAACAAAACAAACUAUUCUGCAAAACCCAUUGGACAAACUUCCUCCAAAUUUGAAGAAGAAAGGAAGAAAGUCUGUAGCCGAGCCAAUGGUUUUAAUGACUGCAGCUACACCAGCAAGUAUUGCUCAAUAUUGCAUAGAAAUUCCAUCAGGAACUAAAAAUAGUGCUCUUGAUGAAAUGGAUAUGCUUAAGAAUAUCACUGUGCAUCUAAAUCAGAUUGUGCAAACAAUGGAACAUGUCUAUACAAUGGAAGACAAAGUUAAGGAAGAGGGAGAAGAGGAAGAAGAACCUUUACCUCAUCACCGUGAAGAUAUGAUCACUUUCCUGAUAAUUUGCACACAACUUAGUAAUCAAGUAGAUGCUGCACUUCAUGAAGAAAAAGUAAUAUUAGAAUCAUUGCUUAAGUGGUUUGAAAAGGAGGUCCAGAUGAUGGAGGAGCUAGGUGAAGAAAAAAUUAUUCCAGACUGGCAAAUUCCGGUGGCUGAUAAAAACAUAACUGACAACAUUAAUAAACUAAUGAACCGCAUCCAGAGACUUGAAGACUUGAAGGGCCGUGUUCAAGAACUGCCCAAAUAUAUGCAAGUUUCUACGCCUAGGGAGAAGAGGAGACAAGUAGGACCACCACCUGCUCUGAGAGACCCCAAAAAUAUUAUACAAGAACUUGCUUUGAAACAUGCAACUGAAGAUGUGAUGAAUAUGGUACAGGUUUUCCAAGAUGACGUGGGAGCACCACAAACUAUUGAAUCAAUGAACAAUCGCAUGGUAGAAAUAAUGAAAGUAUUUGAAAGACAAACGAAUAAGCUCCAUAGAGUUACCAAUGAACAAGGUGUCGUUGAAAGUAAAUUACAGAAGAUACAGCAUGACUUCCAAAAGCUAGCAGAAGAGAAAGAGAUAAUGGAAGAUGAAUUUCUAAAGAUGAAAACUUCAAAUAUAACACAUAAAGCAUCAACAGAUACCAGGAAAACAUUAUUAGCCAAACUGGAAAAGGAAAGAGCUGAAGGGAAAGGUCGUGCUCAGCAAGACAGGAUGAGAAAGCCUUCAAAGAUAAAAGACCCUGAAGCUGCGAAAAUGAAAGAAGAUCUAACUAAAGCACAGGCAAAUAUUCAGUCUCUUGAAAAAGAGAAGAAAAUGCUAGAAGAGAAACUCCAGAAAGUUUUAGAGGAAGCUAAUAUGGCUCGGGGUAAACUGGCUGAAAUACCCCCAGAUAUUCCAGAUUGGGAGUUCCCUUAUACAGCUCUUGAAGAAAAAGAAAAAGAGUUAUCUAAGAGAACCAGAAAAGGAUCAAAAGUUAAAGGCAAACCAUCUGCUGAGGGAACAGUUCAGAAAACAACAAGGUUUGACAUUGCGAAAGCAGGCGAAGCAUUACCUGGAAAAGAUUACGAAACUUCCACAGCGCCCCAAGCAAAAGAUGGUAAACCCAAGAAAAAAGGGGCAGAUUUAUCUGACCUUGAACGUAGCUCUCUUCAUAAAAUACCUUCUGGUGUUUCUGAAAAACAGCCAAAACAAUAUCCUGAUGCCAAAAGUGGUGCAAAACCCAAAGAGUCUGCAGAUUUGAGAAAACGACGUUCAACACUGAAAGGUAUAGGGAAAGAAUUACCUACAGCUCUUCCACCAUUACCUCCAGAUCAAAAAAAGCAACAGUUGCCUGAUUCAACAGAUCAGCAGGCAAAAUCUGUUGAGAUCAGUUCAAAGAAGCAACAAGAAGUGCUUCCAGCACUUACCUCCGCUGUUGAACUUCAAGAACAAGCGUUGCCUGUCAUUGAGCCAGAACCUGCCGAUUUAGUUUCUUCACGUUUAACUGAACCUGAGGAAUUUGUGGGAGAGUCUGAAUCCUUGGAGAAAGCCACAGCUAAACCAAGAACAAGUCUAAGAACUCGGACAAGUUUAACAGGACUUCAAGAAGAUGAAAUUAAGGAAUUGAUUGAUGAAGGAAUGCUACAGCUUGCUGACCAUUUGACGGACCUGAAAGGAAUGCUUGAAGCAGAAACUUUAGCUAGACUGUUGCUUGAGCCUAGCAAAGGUUUGGAAACAUUAUCAGAUAAACAAAAACUUCAGCUAAUACGUCAGCUAGUAGCUCCAGAUGGACAACAGCAAGAACAGUUUCUUGCUCCAGUAGAAGGCCAAAUUGUUGAUGAAGAGCAAAGAGAGAAGAAAAGAUCUGCCUUGGCAAAUAUAAUAUCAACUCUAAACCUUUUGAAUCAAACACAGACUGAGGCUGGCCAGUCAGAGGAAGAAGCUAAUGAGAUGGCAAAGACGAGAAGGCUGUUGCUUGCAAAUCUGCAAUCAAACAUAACGGACCUUCAGCAAGCACAAGCUGUCAUCCCUGUUCAACAAGAACUUGAAAACAAAGUUAAUGAGCUGACCCAAAAAAGAAGCUUCCUGGUUUCAGCACUAGAAUCAAAUCUGAGAGAUUUGAAAGAAGCGCAAGCUAUUGCAGCUACCCAGCCAUCAGAAAUGAGUAAGAACAAAGUAAAAGAAUUACUACAAGAAAGAGCAGCAUUAACUGCUUGUCUGGCGACAAAUCAGCAAAAGAUACAAACAGCAAAGGCUCAAGAAGCAGUACUAGCAGAAAAAGCUAAGCAUGAGGAAUUAAAUGCGCUCUCAGAAAAAAGAAGGUCGUUACUUGCUGAACUGGAAAAAACUCAAAAGGAAUUGCAAGAAGCACAGAUUCUUGCAGCUACUGAACCCAGCAGCAUGGCUGUUAAAUACAAUCUUGAUGAAAAGAUAAAAGAGCUAACAGAGAAAAGGAAACAGUUGGUUGCAAACAUAGAGUCAAACCUGCACGAUCUGGAAAGGGCACAGGCUUCUGCUCCAGGUCUAGCAGAAGAAAGCAGACUUAAGCAGGAAUUUAAUGUGCUCUCAGAAAAAAGAAAGUCGUUACUUGCUGAACUGGACAAAAAUCAGAAUGAAUUGCAAGAAGCACAGUUUGUUGCAGCGACUGAACCCAGCAGCAUGAUUGAUGAAAAGAUAAAAGAGCUAACAGAGAAAAGGAAACUAUUGGUUGCAAACAUAGAGUCAAACCUGCAUCAUCUGGAAAAGGCACGAGUUUCUGCAGGUCUAGCAGAAGAAAGCAGGCUUAAGCAGGAAUUAAAUGCGCUUUCAGAAAAAAGAAGGUCGUUACUUGCUGAACUGGAGAAAACUCAGAAUGAAUUGCAAGAAGCACAGGUCCUUGCAGCUACUGAACCCAGCAGCAUGACUGAUGAAAAGAUAAAAGAGCUAACAGAGAAAAGGAAACAGUUGGUUGCAAACAUAGAGUCAAACCUGCAAGAUCUGGAAAGGGCACAGUCUUCUGCAGAUCUAGCAGAAGAAAGCAGACUUAAGCAAGAGAAAAUUAACGAACUGUCACAAAAAAGAAAGAGCCUUCUUUCUAAUCUGCAAUCCAGUUUUAAGGACUUGCAAGAAGCGCAGGCACUUGCAUCUGUCAAACCUAGUGCUGAGAACGAUGAAAGGAUAAAAGAGUUAAUCGAACAAAGAAAGCUGUUGACUGCAGAUCUAGAUACAAACCUACAAGAUCUGGAAAGGGCACAGUGUUAUGUUCCAGAUCUAGAAGAAAAAAGCAGACUUAAACAGAUGGAACUUGAUGAACAAACUGAGAAGAAAAAACUCUUGGAAGAGAAAUUAGAAUUAAAUCUGAAAAAUCUGCAGCAAGCACAAAUGCUUGCAACCGAACAUCCAAACAGUGCGAAUGAGCAUAAACUACAUGAACUAAUAGAGGAACACCAACGUUUGACUGCGGAACGAGCAGCUACCGUGCAAGUUAUGCAAGGAUUACAACGUGAAAAGAAAUUCAACGAGCUAUCUCAGAAAAAGCAACUUUUAAUGAAGAAUUUGGAAUCAAAUAUGCAAGAUCUAAUAGAAGCCCGGGCUCUUGUUGCCGCUGAACCAGGCAGCUUUUCUGAGCACAAACUACAGGAACUAAUUGAACAAAGAAAACAUUUAGCUGCAGAUCUAGACGCGACUGUGCAGCAUAUAGAAAAGCUACAGCUUCAGGAUGAAGUGAUAAAAACCCCUGAAAUGAAAUUACAGGAGCUAUCAGAUAAGAAAGAGUUGCUGAUGAGAAAACUGGAAUCAACUUUGAAAGAACUACAAGAAGCUCAGGCUCUCGAAUCUUCCAAACCAGGCAGUGUCAGUGAACAGAAACUGCAGGAGUUAAUUGAACAAAGAAGAGAAUUGACUGCAGAACUAGAGUCAGCUGUAUGGAAUAUGCAAGAAUUACAGCUUAUGGACGAAAUCGUAAAAUCCCAUGAAAAGGAAGUACACAGAUUAGUAGAGAAGAAGCAACAUUUGUUGGAUGAUUUGUUCUCAACCGUGAAAGAAUUACAAGAAGCUCAGGCUGCUGUGGCUGUCCAGCCAGGGAGAAUCUGUGAGGAAAAACUACAGGUGAUCAGAGAGAAGGGGAAACAGUUGACUGCAGAUCUGGAGGGAAUUGCGCAUGAUAUAAAAAAAGCUCUGUACCGUGCUUCAGGAAGAGCUGAUCUAGAACCGCCUGAUGAACAGGAAUUACAUGAUCUGUUGGAGAAAAAGCAAUUAUUACUGGAAAAUCUGAAAGCAAAUCUAAAAGAAUUAGAAGAAGUUCAGGCUCUUGCAGAUUCCAAACCAGCCAGUCUCAGUGACCAUGAAAUACAGCCACUGAAUGAGCAAAGGAAGCUCUUGAAUACCUGCCUGGACACAAUUAUACAACAAAUAAAAGAAACAGGAUAUCGUUGUAUUCCAGAGAUGAUAAAAGUGUCUGUUAUUUCAGAAAGGGAUUUAUAUCAACUUUCUCGGUAUAAAAAAUUGUUUUUGGAAACUUUGGAGUCAAAUCUGAAAGACCUGCAAGAUGCCAGGACACUUGCAGCUAUUUAUCCUGGGAGCGGAUUUGAGCAAAAAGUACUGGAGUUUGCUGAACAAAGGAGGCUUUUGUCUACAGGCCUAAAAGCCAUUAUGGAAGACAUUGAAGAUGUCGAGAGUCAAACACCUGUCAAGGAUGCAAUUCUGAAAACAAGAGAAAUAAUCUUAGAAGAACUGUACCAAAAACAACAAUUGCUUCUGGAAAAAUUGGAAGCAUAUUCAGUAGAUCUGCAAGAAGCAGAAGCUCUUGCAGCUUCCCAUCCAGAUGCUGAGAAUAUGGACAAAAUAAAGACGCUCACUGAACAAAGAAGGCUUUUGGCCACAGGUUUAGAGGCAAUCAUGGAAGGUAUCCGAGAAGCAGAGGGACUUGAUAGAGAAAAACUGGAAAGGUUAGAAAGAAUUGAAAAGGAGUUAGCUGAUUUAUCAGAAAACAGACAACAACUUUGGAGAAAUGUGGAGUUAAAUCUGGGUGACCUGAAAGAUUUGCAGACCCUUUCAUUUACUGAGCCAGAGAGUAUGCAAGAGGAGAGAAAACAAGCGCUAUCUGAGAAGAGUAGGAAUUUGGCUACCAAUCUGGAGGCGCUUCUUCAAGAUAUGGCAGAAGCACAAAGUAUUGGUUCAAGUGAAAGUUCAAUAACAAGUCCUAGUGGGAUAAAUAUAAACGAUCUAUUUGAGAUUAAAAGACUAGAAUCAAAACUGAAUGAAGUACAACAGAUGAUGGUUCUUUCAAGUGUUUGGGUGGAUGGUAUAAAGAGACAAUUGAGUGAACUGAAAGCAAAAAGAGGAUUCGAUAGAUGGGAUGUAUCUUUGCGAGGACCACUGUCAUUUUCAAAAGAGGAAUUAGCACUUUAUGGACUUGACGAAAAAGCCACAAGAAAACUUCUGGGGAAAGAAAAAUGGGUAUCUCCUUAUCUACAAAAAAGUUUCAAAGAUUUGCAUCAGAGAAGUCUUAAAGAUCUUCAACAAAAAAGCGGGAUUCUACGAGAUACCAGUGACAAAGAACUGUAUAAGCCAAAAGAAGAAGAUGCUUAUUUGGCUGAGUGUCUUGUGUCAAUUCCUUUAAAAGUAUCUGACAUUGAUGCAACUGUCAAAUAUGGCCCUGAUGAUGAGCAACUAGAAAAACGAAGGGCUUUGGUUGCAAAACUAGAAGCAAAUAUGAAAGAGCUACAAGCUUUCUAUGAAGCUCAGGAAGCAGAACAAGUCAAGGAGAAACCUGCACCUGAAACAUUAUCUGAGCAACUGAAGAAAACAAAGUCACCAUUUCCACUUCUGAUCAGCAAAGCACCUGUAAUGAAAAAAAGCGUACUUCAGCAUGAGAUGAUAAUUCCCAGCAUUCCCAAGCAAGGAUCUGGAACUUUGCCGUUCCAGCCCGAGCAGCACAAACUACAAAAGAAAGCCAUGGAAUCAGAAUUAAGAAGGCACAUUAUCCAGCAGUUGAAAAAAAGACUGCCGCAUGAAUUAGUUACACGCAAGCAUGAUAGAAAUCUUCUCCAAGCACUUGCCUUUCCUCAGUCUCCGUUACAGCAAGCUAACCUUGCUGCUGCUCAGAAGUUGCUAUUUUCCCAACCAGUAGAACCUGGCAUAGCUAGAUUCCAAGAUUAUUCUCCACAGCCUCCAAGACAAGCAUGGGAAGGAAACCGGUUGCCAGUAACAGACUAUGUCCAGAAGUUGAUGGCUCUGAAGAAAAAGCUCCUUUCUCCAGACCUGAAAGAAUUAUUGGAAAAUAUUGGAGCUCCACAAUCUACUGCUCUGUCUCCAACCUCUUCAUCAGAAAAACAAGCUUCAAUGCUUAUUCGUGGAAGGGCAUUCAGUGAAUCAGAACGUGGGCGUUCCUAAGCACAUCAUUCUAUUUUUAUUAAUUCAGUGAUGUACUCGUCUUACAAAACUAAUCACUGAAUUGUCAAAAGGAAGCACACAUUGCUGGAAGAACCUAUUCCAACAGCCACGGAAAUAGUAAAUUGUACCUGAAUGGUUGUUAAAAAAUAUAUGAAGCUUGAAACACCCACAUACAAGUAAUAAACAUUUAAUGGUUAAACAGA